GGGCCGAAUUUGUAAGUCAAGCAGCUCACUCAAGGUGGCUCCUCUCUGAUCAAACUGGUCGUUCAGAACCAUGCGUCCUCAGACGUGAGCUCCGACGUGAUUACUAUCGCCAAUGCAGAAUAUGAACAUCUGUUGCAAGAGACGCGUCUGUACAGUACGUGGCCCUCCAGGUGCUCUGAUCGCUCACUGUCGACGGGGUACACGUUGCCAUGUCUCUCGUCUAACUCCUCUGCUAGCUAAACUGAAAGAAUCUCUGUUGAAAGGUGGCCUUUCGCCAGAGACUCUAAAUAUGUUGACCUAUGGGGGCCCCACAGUGGACAGUUCCGACUCUUGUAAUUCCGUGGCUGGUCAUGAGAAACCAAUGACGCUCAGUGAAACCUCUGGGAGCCCGACUGAAAAAAGGCGCGGCGCUUCCGCCGGUAAUUAUAGACAGGCCGGUUUUGACGACGAUGAUAAUAGCGACGAAGAUGAUGAUGAAGUAUUGCUGAGAUCACAUGAAGUCAAUGAGAAUUUCGAUUAUGGAGGAUCUUCGAGAAGCACAGAAUCUUCUCCCUCGCCCGCAGAUCAACGUACGGUUCUGCUCCGCGGUUUACCUGAUAAGGUCACCCAUAAAGAUAUUGUAGAUGUUAUGCGGGGCGGUGCUCUUCUCCACAUCUAUCUGCGGGCGCGAGAACAUUCGGCAAGCGUGUCAUUUGUGAAGGAGACGGAUGCACAGGAGUUCCUGAAUCAUUGCAAGACGUACGGUCUUUACGUCGGUGGGAAACGCACGGAGGUACUGUGGAACGACCGCCAAUUCUACCUCCCUCCAUACGUCCGCGCCAAGGUCAAGAAUGGGGCAUCCCGGAACCUGGUCAUCUACAAUGUAAAGCCCAACGUCACCGAGGAAUAUAUCCGUCGGGACUUGGACCAUAUUCACAACUUGAUUGUCAUCACGGUUACGUUCAAACUGGGAAACGCCUACAUAUCGACCAAUUCCAUCCAUAACGCACUAUUCGCGCGGUCCUGCAUGAUGUCCAGACUGACAUACAAGGGUAUGCGCAUUGGGUUUACACCCGACGAAUGCACCGGGCCGCUCGUCAAAGCCCCGGCCGGGCCGAAGAGCGAGGUGCAAGCGGCUGUGAAGAAACCAGCCGCUGUUCCCAAUCGAUUCCAGCUUUUGUCCAUGGAGGAGGCGGACGAUGAUGAUAGCGAUCAGGACGGGGUCUCGAAUGGAAUGCAUGGGCUUUCUCUGGAUGGCACUGGUUGGGCUGACCGACGCAUUUCUUCUGCUUAGUUACUCUUUGUCCAGAUGCCCUUUGGUUGUUAUUCGAUGGAUUUGUUUCCUUCAUGAAUUACUUAGCGCAUGGGGGCUGGAUUCUGUUGUUGUGUGCAGUUUCCAACAGACGGCAAAUGACAGGUUCAGAGGAGAGUCCGGUAUUUGAAUGGUUUUAAAGCAGUGGGAAUAACCUUGUGCGGUGGGGAUGGGCAUGGGCGGGAUCCGAGGUGGGAGAUAAGC